AUGGCUUCCGAGUAUGCAGCUGCUGGUGAGCGAUACAACCGGGAGAAUAGUGAACUUACAGAUGGUGACGACAAUGACGCAAUGGCUCGCACAGCCGCCAAUUUUGAAGAUCAACUUGGGGAUGAGGAUGAGGACGAGGACCCAAAUCCUGGGGAUAAAGUAUUGUGGUUCGGGCAGCAUAAAGGGCACAAAUAUGACGAACUAUCUCUUUCGUACAUAGAAUGGAUGGUGAACAAGUAUCUGGAGAACCCAGACACUGCUUCGUCAAAUAUCAAGGAGUUCAAGACGUUGUACGAUCGGAAGCAAGUUUGGAUUGAAAAGAAUCCGUCCGAACUCCCGCCCCCCGGCAAGACAAUCAUGUGGUUCGGCAAGCAUAAAGGCAUUGCUUUAGAUAAAUUGGAAGAUGGAUAUGUGAUGAGCCUCGUCAACUUUUAUCACAGAGACGGAGACAGAGCAGAAUCAAAUAUACGAAAAUUCAAGGAAUUGAAAGAUAGAUACGAUUCAUGGCUCAUUGCAAAAAAGAUGCGCACAAGUAAAAGUCCAGGAUCAAUUCCAAUUUGGUUUGGGGAGGACAAGGGUAGAGAGUUUCGGACAAUAUAUGACUCUCAGCCUCGGAAGUGGAGAAAGCUCCUAAAAAUUUGCCGAUGGGCCCCGAUACUCAAAGCCAUUGCUCGUGAAUAUGAGGAAUGGAAGUUGAGAAAACCGCCACGACAACAAGUUGUUUCGCGGAAUAAACCGGUGAUUGUCAAUCCAGUUGGCGAGAGACUAGGGCCGGAUGACGAUGGAGUCGCUUUCGAUGAUGAGUCUUAUAUAUCCGACGAUGGCUUUGUGGUUCAGGAUGAAAGCUCUGAUGAGGAUGAAAGCUCCGAUGAGCAUGAAACAGGGGAGUUGGAGACUGACGAGGAAGUCGACGAAUCAACCACAACUGUAGAUUGUGAGGUCGAUAAAAACACAUCCCCAAAUCUCGAUAGCAGCGAAAGCGAUACAUUAGGAGAAGUGCUACCAGGAACACCGAGUGUACGAAGGUCUUCCAGGCGAAAACCGCUAUAA